UAUUUCUAAAUUUUUAAAAAUUAUGGCUGAUAAUCAUAUUGUUGGAGGUUCCCCAUCAUCAUCGGUUUCUAGUUCAGCACCUUCUAUAGCGGAAAAUGUCAACACUGUCUUUUUGGUCGGUGCGAUGUCACUGCAGCAAGUAAUCGAUGGGAUUUUUAACGACAUGGAGUCACCUUUGGAUUCUGGAUCCGAUAUAGGACAUUUGUUAGAAGUAUAUAAUCGUCAUCUGCAUCCUCCUGGACAUGCUAGCCUGGGACUUCCUUUUGCUCAAGUUAUUGCACAGCGUGAAGAGGAGGCACAACAACUUGCUAUAAACCAAGCGCAAGAUCUUGGCAUGAGAGUAAUUCCAGCAAGAGCUACAAGAUUGGAUAAUGGACAUUUUGAGUUGACGGACAUCUGUGAAAAAUGUGAGGAUAUAUCACUGGUAGACUCUGAGUUUUGUCCUCACCAUCAGAGUCAACACACACAACUGAGAACAACCGAAUCACAACAUUCAAAUUGUGAGAGUGUUGGUAAAAAUGUAGCAACAGAGCGUAAAACAAAAAAAGUUGUGCGUGUUGGCAGUAGGAGGCGGAUGGGUGGUUGCCGAGUUAGAUAUAGUAAAGCGCUUAGGAUUGGCAAAAAAAUAGUUUUAACGGUGAAUAUAUAUUUUAUACAUUUUUUUGGCCUGUUUUAACUCAUUUCUUUUAAAAAUUCUAUUUUUUUUAGGCUUUGUGUGAGAAUGGACGUACGCGAGUUGUUUGGCAACCAGGGCCGGAACAAGCCUAAAGAGAUUGAAGAAGUU